AUGGUUGCUGGUAAAUGGUUUUACCCCGCUACUACCAAUGCGUCCUAUCGGUUUUUAACAAGUGGGCGGCGCCCAGUCACACUUAUCAUAACAUUGAUUCUGGCAGGGGUCUUGUGGUUGACGCACACUCGGAACGUAGUCUCUGGAAGGAGCUACUAUGACCUUGUAGUGAACGGUGUUCUUUCUCCUACGUCGACGUCGGUCGCCAUUACCGACCAUCCUCCAAACUAUGAUUGGCUCAGACAGUGGGAGCGCGAACUUCCCCAACAUAACCUCAGCCUACCAGCACCUGAAGGAAAGACAGGUCGGUAUGUGAAAUUCUCGAGCCAGACACAGAUGCUCGGAUGGAACAACGUAUUUGGUGUCGUGCUCAUGGACGCCCAUCUUGCGCACGAAUCCGGGCGAGCGUACGUUUUCCAAGAUUACAUAUGGGAGCCAGCGCAUUAUCCGUGGACGAAGAAGGAUGAAUACGAGUGGCCGCCGAGAACACCCCUGAGUGCCCUACUUGCUGGCCCCGCAGCAGGCGGUCUUUGGGAACCAGACGACGGUACGCCUCGAUCCGUUUCCUCCGAAUGGUUCGAUGUCGUCUGCCCUCGAUCAGAACGUCGUUUCAUCCCCACCUCAGAAGUCAAGCAACGUGUAGGAUGGUCCGAGGGGGACGUAAUAUUCGACAAGUGGGUCAGCGUCCUGCGCGAAGCUCCCGAGUCGUGUAUCGAAGUCACCACGUCCUCCGAUGAUUCGUUCCCCCAGGUGUUUGAUCUAUGGUUGUGGGGAAAUACUCGCUUGCUCUCUAUGUGGGAGCGGUUUUCGAGCUCGGCGGUUUCUCGACUUGUUGCGACGUCGCCUAUUGUCAAGUCUGGUGUUGAUAGGAAUGAGUACCUGUUCCUGCCAAAGGGACCUCGGCCUCUCUAUCCAGCUAGUCAUAAUCCGUAUGAGCGUAUGCUUGCGAUGCACCUGCGCCGGGGAGAUUACGAGGGAGCUUGCAAACAUUUCUCGUUGUAUAGCUCUACGUUCUACGGAUGGAACCAGCUCGAGUUUCUACCUGAUCGGUUUACGGUGCCCCCAGGGGAAUACGGUCCCGAGAGAGAUGCGGUGUAUAUGAGCCGGUGUUUGCCUACUUUCGAGGACGUUAUCAAGAAAGUGCGGUUGGCAAGGGAGGAGUAUCUGCAGGGGACGGGGCGGACGUUGGAUGUGAUGUAUUUGUUGACUAAUGAGAAGGGGCAGUGGUUGGAGGAGUUGAGGGAGGCGUUGCGGGUUGAGGGGUGGAGUACGGUACGGACAAGUAGGGAUCUUACUUGGGAUUCUGCGGAGCAGAAGGAUUUGAGUAUGGCGGUUGAUAUGGAUAUUGCUCGGCAGGCUGCUGUUUUCGUUGGGAAUGGGUGGUCCUCUUUCAGUAGCAACAUCGUGCAUAGAAGGCUCGUUGAUGGGAAGAAACCUAUGAGUACCCGAUUCUUUUGA